UGUUGCGCGUCAAAAAAAAAGUUGCACGUCAGAAAAAAAUUUGACCCGCGCCAAAAAACUCUGACAAGCAAAAGUCGAGUUUUUUUUCGGAGGAAAACAUGAUUAGAAUUCGAUGUGAGUAUUCAGGUCAGGACUAUUCCAUCAAAAUUUAGACGUCCGAAUUUUUCAUAGAUAAUAUACUAUUUGAAUUUUGAAUAAAAUCAAAUUUAUUAGAGUUUAAAAGAAAUUCAGAUUACUCUAAAAUUUGACCUUUGAUAAAUAACCCCAUACUGUAUAUUUUUCACUAGUAGAUGGCAGCAAAGAGUUGUUGUUAAUAGCAAAAGGUGUAAUUACUGCAAGCCACCACCAGAGGGAGAAAAGGAGCCUCUCUGGAAAGGUUCUAGAGAAAGGGGAGGGGCACCAAAACUUAUAAAAAGGAAGGUACGGUUGGGUGUGGUUCUCUUUGGUCCAUGAAGACAUCUAAAGAAGCAAGCUGGGAGCCUGAGACCCCAAACUAGUGAACAGGAGGCGACUGCGUGGAGACGGAGUAGCUCCAGCCGUGGUGCCAUAUUGCUGAAAAUUGAGAGUUUUAACACACUUUCGAGACUGUGGUUCUCUUAUUGCCGAUUGACAAACAUGGCCACAAAAAGCAGUUCUGAGCCAAGUACCGAUACGUGCAGAAGAUACAUGUGGGCUGGAGCUUUUUCGCAAAAGAUUACAGCUCACGGUAUUACCAAAACUGUGCCGAUAUGCAGCAGCUGUGAGCAUGAGCUAACCUGGGCCAUGCAGGAUGUUAAAGCCUGCUGCUCUCACUGUGGAAGACCUUGCUUCUUGGGCCCUUAUUACAUGCGUGUGACUUUGCACCCUAAGACGGAGGUGGUAAGCAGAUUCCGGCAGUUCCAGGUUGACGAUUGUGACCUAGAUGCAGAGUUAAACUCAGAGCAUUUGUUUCCUGAUGAACUGGAGCCUGGUGACAAUUUGGAGCUCCCAGAGGCUACCUCAGAAUUCUUUUCACCCAGUGGGAGUAAUUCAAUGGCAGAGCAGGGUGAAAUUUCAAGUGCUGUGCUUUGUGUGCCCAGGCGCACCCCGCAAGUAGACGAAAGUGACUUUUGGGUAUUACCAGGGGUAGCAGAUACCAAAUCCCUUGGUGCAGUGUCUAAAGUGCAAAAAAUCAUAAGUCUGGAAAUAUUUAAACAAUAUGGCUAUUACAUGCCUUACGCACCUGCCUGGGUUUUCGAUGAGGUUGAUGCACGAGUAAAAGACUGGAUUCAUAAAGAUAUCCUGGCCAAUCGAAAACCAGAGAAGAAUUCAGCCUUUUGUUCAGAUAGAGAAAAGCAUUGGUGGUCCUGGGAACGAGUGUGGGAGAUGAGCAUACAGUGGUGGUGGGGGCAAACAAUAAUGCGCCACGCUGUGAAGAGUUUUGGCGAAUAUCAGCCAGUACGCUAUUUAAGCAUAGAUGUUGUCAUGCCUAAUGGUAAAGAGGUUGAAAAACCACACCCUGCCUAUUAUAGGUCAUUGGAGGAAACCAAGGACUGGCUCCACCGUCUCUUCCAGACCAUGUAAGAUUUUUGCCAGAAUAUAGCCCUGUUGG